UUUUUCUUUUUUUUUUUUCUCUCCAUCCUUUUUUUUCUAUUUUCUUAUUUAUUUUCUUAUUUAUUUAUUUAUUUAUUGUAUCUUACCUAAAUGAAAUUAUCUGAUAUUAUUUCUAACCUUUUUCCCACUGUGUAUGCUGAAGAAGCGACUCAUGUUGAAGAUCCUUAUAUUAAUCCCAUCAUUGUAGACAAUGACGACAAUGCUGUUCAAUAUGGUUACAUUGUGGAAGAACAUCACCCUGCCAAACAAGAACAAAUCCAAGAACCAAAUAUGGAACAGAUCUAUAGAGGUUGCAUAAAGCCUUGUUUGAGUGCUAGAAAGCCUUUGGAUGACUGCAAUGCACGCGUAGAGAAUGGGUCUAAUGAAGACUGUGCUGAGGAAGUAGCUCAGUUUUUGAAUUGUCUUGAUGCCUGCGCUGCUCCCAAGAUUUUCCCUACUACCAAAUAGAUUUAGUGAUAUAGUUUAUCAUUCUAUUCUAUUUUGUUUUGGUUAUUUGUUUGUCUGUUCGUUUAUUUAUUUAUUUUUAUGGAUGUAUAAUAAAGAUAUG